AUGGUAUACUCCGGUCAUCCUUCCAGGGGCUGUCAGAUGUGUCGAACCAGGCGAAUCAAGUGUAUCAAGUCUCGACGAGUAUGCCCUGGUUACAAAGACGAGUUUGAUCUAGUCUUUCGUAACGAGACUGAAGCUACGGAGCGAAGGGCACGCAAAGCCAACAACAAGGCUCUGGCUCUCAAGACGGGAAGGUCAACUUCCCGAAAAGUGCCAGAACUCAAGACUCUGGUCGGCUCGGCUACAUCAAGUGAUCCGUCAAGUACACCGCCAAGUACUCCGUCAAGUCCCUCCCCUGCACCAACUCAGUCACUCGACGAACGGACGGCGCACCACUUCGUUUCCAACUACGUCUUGGUGCCGCCCCAAGGAACCCAGAGAGGGUACUUUGAGUUUGUUAUCCCGCUCAUAAAAGCCAAGAAUCCUUGUCCUCACUUCAAGCUGGCCUUUGAAGCGUGUGCGCUUGCCUACUUCAGCAACCGAAUGAAAUGCCCUGAACGUUUCGAGAAGGCGGCUUUGCACAAAUACGUACAGGCUCUAGCCACUACUGGGCGAGCCAUCCAAGAUCCCGUUGAGUCCAAGCAAGAUGGGACUGUUGCGGCUGUUCUGCUUCUUAGUCUAUUCGAGAAUAUCACUUCUCGACAUUUCGGCAUGCUUGCCUGGAGCACACAUACCGAAGGAGCCAUUCAACUCGUUCAAAGUCGAGGCCGAGACCAACUAAAGACCAAAGUCGGGCGAGACAUUUUUGUUACAGUUCGCACCCAGCAGAUCAUUCACUCUUUCAGCUCUGGUCAGCCCGCAGCGGGUAGCACCGAAUUUUGGAUCAAAGAUGCGAUCAAAGACCCAUUCGCAACUAAUUUGCAGAGAAUAACGCUGCAGAUCAGCGAGCUCAAGACGGAAGCCAACAAACUUCUCGUUUUGCUGCAUCACUCCCCUGACAAUGUCAAAUUGAUCAUGAAUAUUCUAAGAAGGUGUCAGAUGAAAGACCAGGAGCUACAACAGUGGUGCGAAAAUCUUCCCGAAAACUACAAGGGGAAACCUGUGACGUGGGUCAACGGUGUGCCGGACGGCGACUACGCCAAGGCAGAAGUAUACCCAGGCCGAGUCGACGCCUUCCAAGACCUCUGGGUCACGACGGUCUGGGUUACAAUGCGAUGCUCACGACUUGUUCUCGCCUCCAUCAUUGUGAGAGCCAUUGCGUGGGUGUACUCUCCAGUUGACUACCGCACCACCCCCGAAUACGCAACUUGGUCCAACACUUGCGUCAGCAUCAUCACCGACCUUUGUGCAGCUAUCCCAUACCAGUUAGGGUGGUUCAGGUCGCGCCAGGAGCUUCUCGAACGUUCCGACCUCACUAGCUAUUGCUGCGGCGAAGAUGUGGGCGCAAAGGGCCUGUCUGGCUAUUUUGUUACCUGGCCCCUAAGCUGCAUCAUCACGCAGGAUUAUUCAACAGCUCGACAGAGAGAGUGGGCCAAAGGCAGGCUUGAAUAUAUUGCCUGGGAUCUUGGUGUUAGCUAUGCUAAGAUGCUGACUCAUGUCAAUGUGCGGGUGCCUUCAAUGCUCAUCAAGCGAGACGCAAUGGCUGCGAGCGGUUCGGUGGACACAUCUGCGGUGGAUUUCGAAAAGGUCCUUUCAAACCGGAUUGUGCCACCGUCUGGACUUACUGAUGAUCUGUCGUUCUACGGGCAAGCUCGAGAAGGGGCGGGCUUGUUUGGGCUGCACCAGAAAGUGACCAUGGAAAGCACCGUGGCGGGUUACAGAUUCCCAGACAAGGCUGCACACUAA